AGGUUUGCUACAUGGGUUUUCGUUGUCAUCUUGAUCUCAAAUUUUGGUCUUUCGAGUGGAUUUUGAGUUGAAGGAGUAGAGGUUGAAGGAGGAUGAAAGGGGGGAAAGAUGAGGAGAAGAUCAUGGGCCCCUUGUUUCCUAGGCUCCAUGUUAACGAUGCAGAUAAAGGAGGUCCAAGGGCACCGCCAAGGAAUAAGAUGGCCCUCUAUGAACAACUCAGUAUCCCUUCUCAGAGGUUCAAUUCUGGAUUGGCGCCGACCUUACCUCUUCCGCCUAACAACGCCAGCAAUUUGGUUCCUUCGACCUCGUCGAGCCAGGGCGGGGCUCAUGAAAGAAGUGUGUUUUCUCAAAUUUACGUUUCUCCUCCCACACCUCAUUCGCGUUCUUCUGAUGGAGCAAACUUGAAUGGGACAGUGGCAGAAUGUGAUCGAAAAUCCACAAAGAAUGCAAAUUAUCGAAUUUCAAAUGCUACUAGAAAUUUGUUAUCAACUAAUGACUGCAAUUCAUGUCACCGACCUGACUUCUCCAACUUGAAGAACUAUUGUGGAGACAAGCUUGAAGAUGAGGAUGAUCUUAGGGUUCCUACCUACAUUCACUCAGGAGUUGCUUCUUGCUCUAAUAAGGAUCUUCCUAACCCAAAUGGGGAAAGAUGUACUCCAUUGAGUCCAACUCAUCCAAGCCCUUCUAAACUUGCACCAGGGAACAGACCACUGAAAGCUUUAGCAGCUACUGGAAGCUCAUCGAUGCAACCACAGAGCACGUGUGACAAACAACAGAAAACUAGCACAAGAGAUAUGAAGUCAAGAGUACAUGUACGAAACCAAAAUGAAGAGAACCUGAAAGAGUGUGUGACAAGUAGAGACAGUGCAGAAAAGGAUGCAAUCCAUUCAUCAACAGGAGAAAAAAAUGCCAAGUUCUUAAACCGUGCCAUUGCAUCUGAAAAUCAAAUACUCGAAAGUAGUCAGGCAGAUGAUUUCAGGAGAUCAAACAAUAAUGUUUCAAGGGCAUAUGAAGAACAAAGAUCUAUUUUGUUGCCUGAAAACUGUGUCAGUGGUGAUGCUGUUUUAGUUGAGCUUGUCGGGGUGGAAAAGGGAAACAUUUCAAGGGAGAAAGCUGUACCAUUCUCCAGAGCAUCACCUGGAAAUAGCGAUAGAAGCCCUAAGAGGGCUGAAAAUGAUAGGGACUACCAUGAAGAUAUGGCACACGAAUCAUUGCAGGUGGGAGAUGCAGACAAAAACGAUGAUGCCUCUGAAACCUCCAUGGUAGAUUCUAUAUCAGGCUUGGACAUAUCUCCUGAUGAUGUUGUAGGAGUAAUAGGGCCGAAACAUUUCUGGAAAGCAAGGAGGGCAAUUGUCAACCAACAAAAGGUGUUUGCGGUGCAAGUAUUUGAAUUGCAUAGAUUGAUAAAGGUUCAAAGAUUGAUUGCUGGAUCACCACAUCUAUUGUUUGACAAUAAUCCUUAUCUAGGCAAGCCUUCUUUAAAAGUAUCCCCUGCAAAGAAUCUGACUUCUGAGUAUGCUUUAAAAUCACCACCAGGUGGUGUUAAGCACAAAACUGAUGCUCAGAAGCCAAAGCAGGAUGCUGAAUGUGCUGCUGAGAAUACAGUUGGGGAGCCCACUCUUCCAUCUCUAAGCACUGGUGUCAACAAGGGACUUGUUAGUCAAAAUUCUAGCCAUGGACCUCAUUCUGGAAAUCCAUCAUCAGGUCCUUGGUGUUUUCAUCCACCGCCAGGAAAUCAAUGGUUGGUUCCAAUAAUGUCACCUUCUGAAGGACUAAUUUACAAACCGUAUGUGGGACCUUGUCCACCAACUGCAGGCUUCAUGGCACCAGUUUAUGGAGGCCGUGGGCCUCUGAGUCUACCCCCAAUGGCAGGAGACUUUAUGAAUACAGCCUAUGGUGUACCAGCCUCUCAUCAACAAGGGAUUGGUGUUAUUCCUGGUGCACCUCCAGUUGGUCAAACAUACUUUCCCCCAUAUGGUGUGCCAGUCCUGAGCCCUGGUAUCUCUGCCUCAGCUGUGGAGCAGAGAAACCCAAUGGCUGGUUCACAUCCAAAUGGACAUUCUGAAAGGUUAUCAACAGGGGAUGCGAACUUCAAGAUGCACUAUCAGAGCUCGUAUAACAAUUCAAACCAGAAGAGUGAAACUAUCUCAUGCCAUAUUUGGAAAUUUCAGACAUCGAAAGAUAGUGAACUCCAAGGGAGUACUGCAAGCAGUCCCUGUGAGAGGAGUCAGGGUUCUGGGUCAGGUAAUGUUGCUGAAGGAAGAGAUGCACUUCCUCUUUUUCCUAUGGCUCCAGCAGUGCAGGUCCAGGACCAAGUACCCAAGAGCCACAGUAGUGGCCAACAGACACGAGUGAUCAAGGUUGUGCCUCACAAUCGUAGAUCUGCAACUGAGUCAGCAGUACGCAUUUUCCAGUCCAUACAAAAAGAAAGGCAGCAAUAUGAUUCAGUUUGACUUGUAGUCUGAUGAUCUUCACCAUAAACUCCACUGCUGAUUGGUGGGUGGCAAAUGAUCUGGGAAUCAUCAGAACUUGCAUUUUGUGCUUUGUCCUACAUUUUUUACUUGGGUGUUCCGUAGUUUACUAUAUGCUAUGUACAUGUAAAUAUAUUUAUCGAAGAUGACAGGAAAAAGAAAAUUGAUACUGUAUGUUUUUAUUCCUUUUCAAUUCAUAAGUUUUUGGUACAAUAACUACAAGAUGAAGCCAAGUUUUGCACCAAGUGGAACAAUUAUUUAUGAGAGGCCAGCAGUUCUUCCUGGGCUUGCUCUUAAUCGGAGAUAAAGUUCUGGUUGCGUUUCUCUUU